CAUCGGCCACGCGACGGGUUCGCUGAGGGGGGUGCGCAAGGAGCACAGCUCCCCCAGUUGUGGCAGGUCGGCCCCGCCACGUCGGAUGGCGGCGGCGCGGCCGCCCGCACUGUUCGCCGCGAAUUUGUCCACGCUCUGGCCGGAGGCCCCCUUCCUGGCCCGCUUCGCGCUGGCGCGGCGGGCGGGCUUCCGCCUGGUCGAGGCCCAGUGGCCCCAGCACGAGGCGACCGCGCCGCAGGUGCGGGAGCAGCUCGACCGGCACGGCCUGCGCAUGGUGCUCAUGAACCUCUCGGCAGGCUCGCGCAGCGGCGACCUGGGCCUCGCGGCCGACCCGUCCCGCGAGCGGGAGUUCGAGGCGUCACUGGCGGAGGGGCGGGCCUUCGCGGCAGAGGUGGGGGUGCCGAAGGUCCACUGCCUCGCGGGCAUGGCGGCCGCAGGGGUGGAGGGCGCUGCGGCGCAGGGGUGUUACGUGGAGCGCCUGCGGCGCGCGGCCGACGCGCUGGGCGAGGACGGGAGGCAGCUGCUCAUUGAGCCGCUCAGCGUGCCGGGCUACCACCUCGGCAGCCUGGGCCACGCGAUGGCCACGUUGGAGGAGGUCGACAGGACCAACGCCCGCCUCCAGUUCGACUUCUACCACGUGCAGCGCCUCCAGGGCAACGUCGCGGAGGCCCUGCGCAGCUGCCUGGGGCGGAUCGGGCACGUCCAGCUGGCGGGGGUGCCCGGGCGCCACGAGCCGGACGAGGAGCAGGAGCUGAACUUCCCAUUUCUCCUCGCCGAGCUGAGGCGCCUCGGCUACGCGGGGCCCGUGGGCUGCGAAUAUACACCACGCCCAGGCGGCCGGGGGAUGGUGUGGAAGGAGGCCUACGACGCCGAGUAGCUCCGCCUGCCGGACAGGGAGCUCUUGCUGAGUGUCCAAUCCCACUUGGCCGAGCUGAGGCGCCUCGGCUGCGCCAGGCCAGUGGGCCGCGAGCACGCGCCACGCCGAGGCGACCGAGGAACGGCGCGGAGGAAGGCCCACCCCACAGCGUAGCUCCGCCAGCCGGUCUUGGCGUCCCGCGCUGUUCUCCUCGGUCUCCUCCUCUUCUUCCUCCUCCUCCUCCUCCUCCUCCUCCUCCUCCUCCUC